AUGGUGAAGGCGAACAGUUCGCCAGCUAAUUGGACUAGGCAGGUUCCGUUGCCCAACUCUCUCCCGGGCUUCGCAACCGUUCCAGAAGAUCCGCCAUCCAUAACGAGGCAUGCAUUUUCUCGCGAAUGGAGGCAUGAAGCGACAAUCUUCUACAUUGUAGGUUGGCGCGGUAGAUCGGAGAAAGCGAAGGCCGCAACGGGAGGGAACACGCUGACCGACGGCGCCGACCUAUUUAAUGUGUGGUCCGUUUCGACGAAGACUACCAAGAGUCUACUGAUCGUAAUUCGUUCAUCGGUAGAGGAACCGCUACCUGGUCUGCGGAACCAGGUUUCCCAUUCAGGCUGUGAUAUCCGUCUGCAUGAGGGCUGCCACGCUAUGGUCCUGAUCGACAAGAAGUAUUUCCUGGGUAAUGUGCCGUCCACAUGGCCAAGCUGGAGAAAUAAGCUUUCAUCUCCAGUUGAAGCGGGAGCCUAUCGCUACCUGGAAUUCGUCUCAAAUGCACAGAAUGGUCAGAGGCGAGAAUGUUGUUCGGUGCCGGUGGCUUUGCACGUCCGAUGGCGUACCGAUGGGCGAAGCGAAAGGAGAAUCCCUCUUCGUUGUCGCGUAACAGCUGCCGUUUCGGAGACCCUUCUGCCGAAAGCAAUACUUACAAAAGCCGCUAUCAACAAGGACCGUCCAAAGAGUGUAAUGCCUAGCUGCACCCAGGUCCCAAGGACUGCGCUCCAAGAGGAGUCAAGAGGAGUCAAGCACACUUACUCGCCCUGGCACCUGAACUACCUCAAGUGGUGGGCGAGUCGUAGAAAAGUCGGCAAGCUGCCUAGGCAUCCAGAACUUCUACUGUGUCGAAAAGGAACAUGGUAUGAAGGAGACAGCGCCGGUGGCUUGAAGCGCAGCAACCGGCACGGCGGCAUGUCGGGGCACGGCUGA